UGAUAGUGACAAAACUUGUCAAAAAAAUAUCAUCAAUCAGCCUUUUUCAAAAUGUCAAGUUAUUUUCAUUAAUGAUUCCAAUUAAAUCCAUAAUAUUGUUUGUAGACUCGUAAUGGGAAAUGUUUUAUUUUCCGAACUCUUUGAUCAUGAAAGUAACCCUUCAAGUGAAGAAAGCAUCAUCAACUUAUCUGAUAACUGCAUCAAAAUGCUCGUUAAAGGUGUGAGCAAUGAAAAAUCGGAACCUCCAGCAGACAAUACAGACACCACCACCACAGAAGACGUUGAAGAACGGCCAGAUGACGAAUGGAUGAAGAAGCUUAAGGUGAUGGAUGAUGUACACUCGAACACCAAUGGCUUAACGUUACCUGCAGUAAACGAACUUUUGGAUAAAGUAGAAUCACAGGUUGACAAGAUUAGGCCACAAGUUUGUUCCACAUUUCUGCUUUUGUUGUGCCUGAAAAAGAACGAAAAUUGUAUGAUAAAGUGCAAAAAACUGAUAGACGAAUUCAUCGACUGUGUGGACAAAUCCAGAAUAGAAAUAGUGAAGGAAAAAAUAGAAGCAGAAACCAAAAAUAAUAUGAGUUCAGGGGCGUUGACCAAUGAACUCACAAAAGAAUCAGAUUCGCUGGAAAUAUUGUAGUAUUUUUUAUCAAAAUAAACUGUUUUUUGUUCACAAA